GGCCAAAGCAAGAAGGAAAAGUGCUGCUUGCCAAUUUCAUCUUCUUCUGCCCGAAAGUGCCGCGUGCCGAAACAAGACGACUCCAACUGCGGCCUGAUCAACAUCAUCCCGCCGUCUCGUGCUCUCUCCACCGCUCGCUCCUACCUACGUCUACGUGUUGUCCCUCCCUGCGCCGCGUCCGUCCGUGCGCACGCGGGAUGCCGCCGGCCGAGAGUUUCGCCGUCGAGGUCGUCUCGCGGACGCUGGUGCGCGCCUCCGACCCGCCGCGGGGAUUCCCGGCGGUGCUCCCGGUCUCCAACCUGGACCUCAUCCUCGGCUCCUUCCACGUCUUCUUCAUCGCCGUCUACCCGGCGCCCGCCGCGGGCUUCCCGGCCGUGGCCGCGGCCGCGCGCGCCGCGCUCCCGGCCUUCCUCUCCCGCUUCUACCCCUUCGCCGGCCGCGUCGUGCCCAGCGCCUCCACCGGCGUGCCGGAGGUCGUGUGCGGCAACGAAGGGGCCGAGCUCGUGGUCGCGUACGCCGACACGGCGCUCGCGGACGUCGACUUCGCCGACGCCGACGCCUCGCUGGGGCGCAUCCAGGUGCCGUUCCAGCGCGGGCUCGCGCUGUCGCUCCAGCUCGUCCGGUUCGCGUGCGGCGGGUUCUCGCUCACCUGGGCCACCGACCACCUGCUCGUCGACGGCCACGGCCUCACCACGCUGCCCAACGCCUGGGCCGACAUGCUCGUCGGGGGCGGCCUCUCGUGGGAGCCCCACCACGACCGCGCCUCCCUCUUCCGGCCCCGCUUGCCGCCGCGGUACGGCCCGUCGCUGGACGCCGAGUUCGUGCGCUACGACCCCGGCACCCUCCCCAACGCUCUCCUUGCCGCGGCCCUCGUGCGCCGCAACUACGUCGUGGAGGCCGCCGACGUCGACCGCCUCCGCGCGGCUGCCAGCGGCCCCGCACGCCGCGCCACGCGGCUCGAGGCCCUCUCCGCGCACGUCUGGAAGCUGCUCGCCGCGGCCGUGGGCGGCUCCGACACGCACUGCCGCAUGGCGUGGCUCGUCGAUGGUCGCCGGCGCCUCGACCCCGCCAAGUACAAUAAGACCCACGUCAACAACUACCUCGGCAACGUCGUCACCUACGCGUCGCGGGAGGCGGCCGUGGAGACGGUGCGCUCCGCCCCGCUCGCCGACGUGGCGACGAUGGCCGCGACAGCCAUCGCGGAGGUGUUCCGGCAGGAGCGGUACGAGGAGCUGGUGGACUGGAUGGAGGCGCACAAGGGGGUGUUCGCGGAGGGCGGCAAGUGGACGGAGGCGGUGGGGCUGGGAACGGGCAGCCCGGCGCUGGUGGUGUCGGCGUUCGUGCCGUUCAAGGUGGAGGGGGACUUCGGGUUCGGCCCGCCGCGGCUGGUGAUGCCGUGGGUGCGUCCGGGCCGGCUCGGGUCGGCCGCCAUGACGGUGAUCCGGAGCCCCGCGGGAGACGGGUCGUGGCUGGUCACAGCCAGGAUGUGGCCUCGGCUCGCCGACGCCGUGGACGCUGACCCGGAGGCCGUGUUCAAGCCGGCCACCCCCGAACGGCUCGCGUUUGCGCCGCCCCGCCGCGCCGAGCUGGGGGCCACCGGCACGGCGCAGCACGUCGUGAGCCGUAUGUGAGCUGCGUUGGCUGCGUGGACGGCUGCUGACUUCAUAGCCUCUCUCUCAGUACUAGAGUAGUAUCUAUUUUUCCUUUUUUCAUUUUUUAAUAAAAUAUCGGGACUAUAUUCGUCAGGUGCAUCAAGACGUUUAAGUUAUCGGUCACUUUCCUCACCGAGCCGUCAGAUCUUGAUCAAACGGCCCAAAAUAGAUCGCACUAUUCCUCUUCAACCUCCAUCUCUCUUCUUCCUCAAGGCUUCAGCCUACCCGCCCCAACCGCCGGCCUCCAUCACCCACAGCCAACGGGCGCUACCGCGCACCGUCCCGCCCUCCCCUCAAAAUCCUUCAAAUUUGUAUGUUUUCUUGUGUUUGUUCUUUAAUAACAAGUUUGAACUCAAGAUAAAUUGUCCAAAUGACCCAACUUGUGUUUUCUGUGUUGGGGAUGAAUGUGUUAAACAUUUGAUUUUUUUUUUAAAUGUGUUGUCUCUUCUAAUUUCUGGAAGAUAAUUGCUGAUCUUUUUGGAAUUAAUAUUCCGAAUUCCUUGGAUGACCUAAGCGUAAAAAUAAAAUGAUGUUGUGAUCAA